GAGGUCUCUUGCUCAAGAAAAUGUCAAAAUGGUAUGAAGUGUCAGUACGACUAUGAUACCAGACAAUGCCAACGCAGAUGUGAGCCGCCCUACACAGGAAUUGAUUGCAACCAGCUUCAAGGUAGAAUCCUCAGCGCAUUACAUUAAGCAUUUUAAGAGCUGCAACACUUUUUCUUAACGCAAAAUUGUGUAAAUCAAGAAACCAGUGGCUUCGAACAAUACCAGGUUCACCUCAUCCUCAUCAAAAAGUAGUUGCAAGCUGUACCUAUGGGAUGAAAAAUAAUUUGAUUUAUGUCCUAAUGGGAUUUGCUUUGGGGAGGCAGCAGUUGUGGAGGCGCUCGCCCAUCACAGCUGGGGUCUGGGUUCGAUUCCCGAAGUUGUGGGUUGAGUGUGAUGAGUGUUCUCAUCCGCGCUCCACUUAGUUUAUUCACAAAAACCAAAACUCAACAUUAAAAAAAAAAUAAAGGGUCGCAGACGAAGAACCAUUAGGCAUCUCUAUAAUGAUGCCCUUUAUAACUAAAACUUUGUCUCUCCAAUUCACUCUUCGUCCAAAUGGGAUCGAGAUAAAGGGAAUCCAAUUUAUUGUGCACUACAACAGGAAGUGAGAUUUACUUUGGUUUUAUUCCAGCCAUAUCCUUUCGUUUCACCACUCUUGGUGCACAAGGUAACUCUGGGCCAAUAUCGACUGCUGAAUAUGUGAACACGUCACUACAGGGAACGGUAACACUCGACAAAGGGGUCCAGAUCUGGAGAGUGCCAUUCACUGCUAAUUAUAGACUCAAAGUCGCUGGGGCUUCAGGAGGAAAGGCGUCAUCCUCAGGGGGAAAGGGUGCAAUCGUAGCAGGAGUGUUGCUGCUAACGAAGGGAACUGUGCUGCACCUUUUGAUUGGUCAAAAAGGACUUCCAGGAAGUUCUGGUGCAGGAGGAGGUGGGGGAACUUUCGUAGUUUCUAACAAAAACACGCUUUUGGUAGCAGCAGGUGGUGGUGGCGGUGGAGGUGGUCAUAUUAUCUCAGAAGACGGAGAUGAUGGUCAAGCGACCAAAGCUGGCAGCGUUUAUGGUGGUGUAAAUGGUUUGGGUGGAUCAGUGUGCGCUAAAGAGGACAACAAUGCAGGGGGAGGAGCUGGAUUUCAGGAAAAUGGCAAAUGUAGUCGCAAUGUGUCAUGUUCCUUAACUCCUCAUCCAUGCAACGAGUCCGGGUUGGCCUAUGUAAAUGGUGGUCUGGGUGGCAAUGGGAAUGGUGUUGGAGGAUUCGGCGGGGGUGGGGCGGCAUACAAAGAUUUUGGAGGAGGCGGAGGGGGUUAUUCUGGAGGGGGAGUGCAUGCCACGUCUUGGGGUUCACGGGCAGGAGGGGGUGGAUCUUACUGGCCCGUAGGGCGGUUGAAGUCAAGCAAUGAAACCAACUCUGGCGACGGAUACGUAUUGAUAGAUUUCAAUAACAGUUUAAAUUAA